GCGGAUGAUGAACGCGGCUCGCGAGUCUCGAGGCGAAGGUUACAAUGCGCUGCUGCUGCUGCUUCUGGUGGUGGUGGUGGGGAAGGUGUUUGGUUAUUUCCACGUGGGCGCCCCCUGCCCCCUCUGUUCCCUGUCCGUUCACCUGAGCGAGUUUCCUCUCUCCUCCUACCCCCUACGCACACACACACACGUGCGUGCGUGCCUGCGGUGCAACCCGUGCUCACGGAAAGUUCAUCCGUGAGCGCAGAACGUCCAUCUCUUUAUCAUCACCGCGGACACUCUCAGAUGUCGUCGAUUGCGCGGCCACUCGGCCACCCUACCAGCGGACCUUGACCGUCAAAAGACUCAAGUUGUCCUUCAACUCGCGUUUCUGGGAGAAAUUGGGUCAACUCAGGCCAAGCUCAAGUCGCCUGUCCAAUGGAUACGAGGUGAAGAGGAGGGGUGUGGGGGGGAGCGUGCGAAGUGGCGUCACGCGAGGAGGUGCGGCGCGGCACUCGCCCCCAAAGUCGGGCACGCCAACCCCGGCGGGAGGAGACGCGGUCGCGACGCGUCGGUCGCCUCCGUGAGACUCCGGUCCACAGCGACGCCCGUUCUGAGGGUGGUGCGGGGACCAGGAUGAUGGAGGGCGACAGCUUUGAGGACGGGUGGCCCGUGGUGGGGGGCGCGACCGUGACCUCGGGCCACGUGAACGGCGGCGACCACGAGGCCUCCCCGGACCCCCGCGAGCUCUUCGAGAUCUGCGACAAGGAGGGCAAGGGCUUCAUCAGCAAGAGGGACCUGCAGCGCUUGCAGGGGGAGCUGCCGCUGAGUGCCGAGCAGCUGGAGUCGGUGUUCGACAGCCUCGACACGGAGGGCAAUGGCUACCUCACCCUGGCUGAGUUCACACGCGGACUCGGAAUGUUCACCAAGGACGAGCGCGUGGAGGACGGAGGAGGGUCUGCGCUGGAGCCGGAGCCAGGAGGGGAGGACGAGGAGGAGCACCGGUUUCUCGCCAUGAUGGAGGAGAUGGGGGCAAGCAGUGACUUCCAGGAUCAGAGCGACGUGCGGGAGCUGUGGCGGCGCAUGCGGCGCGAGCGCCCGGAGCUGCUGCCCAACCUCGAGCAGUUUGUGGGGCGCGUGACCACGCGGCUCCAUGACGCGCAGCUCGAGCGCAGCAGCAUGGAGCAGGCGCUGAGGAAGAAGACGACGGAGCACGAGCGAGCGGUGCAGAGCCUCUACGAGGAGAUGGAGCUGCAGAUCCGCGCCGAGCAGGACAAGUUGCGCCAGUCCCUGGUGGAGGCGUCGGGGCGCCACCCGGCACGCAGCCCCGAGCUGGAGAAGGAGCUGACGGAGAAGGAGCGCGAGCUGGAGUCGCUCGCUCAGAGGCAGGCGGAGCUGGAGCGGCGCGUGGCGGAGCUGGGCAACACGCAGUCGGCCACGGAGCAGCAGAACGAGCGCCUGCGCGAGACCAACGAGCAGCUGGAGCACGAGCUGGAGCACCGGCGCUCCGAGCUGGAGGCGGCGCAGGAGAACGUGCGGCGCCUGCGCGGGCAGAUGCUGGCGCAGCUGCAGCACGAGCGAGAGCUCGAGGAGAGGAAGCUUUCGGAGACGAUGCUGAAGGAGCGCGAGAGUCUCGUCCGUCAGCUCGACGUCCUCCGGGAGAUCAACCAGCGGCUGACGGACGAGAAGGACGCCCGGGAGUCGCUUGCGCAGAACUCCGCCGCUCCUCGUCCCAAGGUGGUCCUCGAGCGAUCGGGCUCCGUGAUGGCCGACUAUCUCCCAGAGGCGGGGGCUGACACCAGGAAACGACAGCUCGUCUCUGCUGGUCUUCCUGGCUCCCCCCUCGAGGCGCUAGCGGGGGAGUUCGCGCUGCACGCUGCCAGGUCGGAGAGCGGCUCGGGCUCCGAGUCCGGCGGCUCGCGGCGCGGGCCCUCGUCCCCGUGCGGCGGCGGCGGCGGCACCAGCAGCCCCGCGCGCAGGAGCCCCGGCCACGACCGCUGGCGGAACCGUGUCGUCUCUAUCGAGGACGACCCAGACCUCGAUAGGGACGAGUCGGGGUCGCCCGCGUCCCCCUGGUGGAGGGGCGGGCCGGACCUGUCGGACGUGCGGGAGGACGAGGAGGAACAGCAGGAGGAGCCGAAGCGGGUCGAGGUGCCGGCGGCGGCGGCGGCGGAGGUGAAGGAAGGGAGCGAGGUGGAAGAGGAGCGGAGGAGAAAGGAGGUGACGAGGCAAAACUCGGCCAAUCGCAGCACGGUCAGCAGCCGGGACCUGAGCCCCGAGCGACUCUUCAAGGUGGUUCUUGUCGGCAAUUCGGGCGUCGGCAAGAGCUGCUUCAUCCGGAGGUUCUGCGACAACGAGUUCAACUCUGACACCACCUCCACCAUCGGCGUGGACUACGACGUCAAGACGCUGUCCGUGGAGGGAGCCAAGGUCGCCCUGCAGUUCUGGGACACGGGGGGCCAGGAACGGUUCCGCAGCAUCACCAAGCAGUAUUUCCGCAAGGCGGACGGCGUGGUGGUGGUGUACGACGUCACCACCGAGGGCUCCUUCACUGCCGUGCGCGGAUGGAUGAACAGCGUCAAGGAAGGCGCCGGUGACGCCGUGGUGCUGCUGCUGCUGGGAAACAAGCAAGACCUGGCGGAGGCCAAGGGAGACAUGCGCAGGGUCGCGGUCGCGGACGGCGAGCGGCUGGCGCAGGAGUACGGCAUGAUUUUCUACGAGUGCAGCGCCAAAUCCGGCAGGAGCGUGGCGGAGGCGGUGACGCACAUGGCGCGGUUGCUAGCGGAGCAGGAGGACAUCCAGAGGCAAUCGUUCCACCUGGAGAAGGCGCCCGAGAAAAAGAAGAAGGGCUGCUGCGAUUGAGGGUCGCCGUCGCCGCUUCCGUACGCGCGCCGCUCCUCGCCAACGACUGUUGCCGGCGUGGAGUCGCCGCGCUUCCCGACCUCAUCAUCCUCCUCCUCCUCGUUGUCGUCGCUUGGGACGAGCGCCGAUACCCAUGCCUCCCAACUGCCUGCGGCAAAGGACGGGGCUCUUGUCAUAGGCCUAUUCCCACUGGCACAUCCGAGCCACGUCAACGCGGAGCCCUCGCGGUAUGGGGGGGUGGGUUUUGCUGGAUUCUUUGCCACGCUGAGCGAGAACCGAUCCGCGAAACUCUGGCCUCGCAAGAAGACUUCUGAAUCCGGCUCGGGACGUAAGCGGUGCCAGGGGCAGGGUUAAUGGUGUUUGUUGGCGGCGUCAGCAGCACGGCUCGGGUUCUGCACUGGAAAAGGGGUAUUACUUGAAACGGCCGUGCUGUACUAAGCUUAACUGCCUCAAUUGCCGAGAAUCUGCACUUUACUUUGACGAUGCCUAUCGGGAGCUCCGAACAAAUCGCCCUCCGUGAACGUUGAAACCUCGACCACGAGCCAGCCUGCCUGGUCUCCCGUACUCCUAUCAUCUUGUCCACCACAGGGACGCACAUCCUCCUCCUCCUCGGACACUCCAACCGAGCCCUCCUGCUGCUACAAAAGAGUCCUGCUGAACAAGGGACUUGAAAACUGGCACCACCUUAGCCUGUCGAACGAGUCCUUCGUUGUGAACUGUUUGGAACAUUCCUUCAGAGAGGGCCAAUCGCUGCUUCUGCUGUUACUGCUGCUGCUGUUGCCGCUGUUUUUACUGCUGCGGGCUUUCUUUUCGCUCAAGUGGCUUCGCCGCCCUGCUACGUUGAGUAACGCGGAGACACCGGAUGAGCGCCCGCGAUUUGGAACUUGACUUGAACGUUGCACGAGGCAACGCGAGUGCCUGUGUGGUGCCGCUCCCCUUCACAAGGCCACCUCAACGCUUUAAACCCCCUGGCUUUUUAAGGCCCCCCCCCCUCUCCUACCAAUGCUUGGAUUUUUAUGUCGCAGUUUUCAGGGCUGUUCGCGUUUUACGAUGUUUCCAUUUUUUAUGUAUUCUUAACUAAAAGGGCAUCGCGGCGUAGGAUUAAUAAUAAUGAGCUUCGAACUGGGGUCAAAGUUGAAAUGCUGUUAACAUUGCGUGGGUUUUCUGCUCGGUUUAUUUAUUUGACAUGAAAGCGACUUCCCUCGUGAAAAGGUCAAUAUUUCCUUUAAUGGUGUUAAUGGAUUGGCUGGAGCCUCUGCUAAUCAAAUGUUUGCUAAGGUUUUCAAUCGUCACGGUUUAUAUAAACUUUAAAACGCAAAUGAUGCCGAAUCACCUUUGUCCCUAUGUCUGAAUAUACAAAGCUGUCCAUGAGUCCAGCCUCAGAUACAAUACCUCACUUACCGGUAUCACCCGAUGUGUCAUUAUUUGAAUGGUUACAAUUCAAGUGGCCAAUCACUGUAAAUUGUGCUAACCAUUUUAGACGAAUUGACUCUUAUUAGCUGUGUAAAUGAGUACCACGAAAUAUGUUGCUACCUUAGGUGGUACGAAUUGCUACUCUGGCCCACGGACUAUAGGUACGCCACGCAGCCCCUGGAUUCCGAUAACUACUGGGGGUUUCCAGCUGUGCGGUGAAGUUAUCCAUUCCACUUCCAGGUGUGCUUUCUAUUGCAUCCUGGACAUCUAAAAAAAAAGAGCUUUAUAGCUUUCGUGACUGCAAGGAUUCAUCUUCUUUGGUUCUUUCGGUAAAGUCACGUAGAAUGAGAAUAAAAUAAUAAAAUAAAAUAAC